CUGAGAAUGAAAUCAGCUGUGAUCAUUUAAAAGGUGGAGCAGAUUCAAGGGGCUGAAUGGCCUACGUGUGCUCCCAGUUCUUAAGGUCUUCACUCUCCCUGAUACAUUGUGGAGUCAUAAAUAAACUUUAAUCCUUUUUUUCAGGGACAACUGAAGGAAACGACCAUCCAAACACAGUGCUCAGCCCAUCAGUAUGGCAGGAACAGCAGUAGAUUCCCUGGAACUGGCAAAAGCCAGCACCGAGGCUGCGACUGCAGUGAUUGCAGUGAGAAAUGCGAUGUCAGCUGUUGAGAGUUUAGGAAAAUUCGCCUCUGCAGCUGGAGCAGUAGGAGCUAUCUUUGGGGUAGCAGCAGCAAUUGUUAAACUUGCUAUGGGUAAUGUGGAGAGUGAGGAGCUGAGAUAUAUGAAGGAGCAGUUCCAGAUAGUCAAGAAUAAGCUGGAUGUCAUUUCAGGUCAGAUUCAGCAAGUGCUUCAGGCUAUCGACCAAAGCACAGUCAAUAAUCAGUUCUUCCCCAUUGAGGAGAAUCUGAAAAACCAAUUCAGGAAGUACAUGGACAUCCUGAACACAAAACCGGAAUUCCGGGAGAAUGAGAAAGAAGAAUUCCUCACACACUUCAAUGAGACUAAAGGUGACCAGAACCUUCACACUCUCUAUGAUGCAGUGAUGGGACAUUCUGGCAUCUUUGGCAAACCCAUUCUGGAAACUGCCAUGGAAUAUGACCAGAGGAACCGGCGUCUGAUGGAAGGGCUCUGCUGCAGUCUCAAGGAGCUCUUCUGCAUUGGCCUGAUUGCCCUGGUGGGUCACUCCGCUCUCACUGGGACCGAUGUAGAGGCAUUAAAGAGAGAGUGGAAUGAGAAAAUGGGCAAAGUAGAGAAUAAAAUGAAAUCCAUGAUAGAUAAGUGCAUCAAUGAGUUUGCUGAGCAGGCAAAAAUAGAUGUUGAGAAAAUGAUAACUGAAAAGAGUGGAAGAAAUAACUGUGAAUGUGUAAGUUACAUUCUCAAUGGUUUAUCAAAGAAAUAUGACUGGGUUAAAUGGUCUGUACGGGUCUAUGACCCUGUCAGUGGGUUUGACAAUCAUUGUUUCAUUGGCUCUAACUGUUUUCACUUUUUCCGACGCAAUGGGGUUAAUGCUGUUGUCUCCUAUGCAAUUGAUCCAAAACCAAUUAAUGAAAGUUACAUAAAGCAUUUAAUGGAAGGGAAAGAUGGCUGGUCUGAUGCAAAAGAUGUUGCAGAACAUGUGGACAAUAACCUUCCCUCUGGGCAUGUUGUACAUGUAGUGAGACGCUACAAGGGUCUGUGGUACCACAGUGACUUUCCUGCAAAUUGUCAUUUCUGGGAAAAUUACUCUGGUGUCAUCCUGUGUGUCCAUUCCACAUAAACAUCCUCCUGAGUUUUCCAGUUCAUCCUCCCCUGAGUUGAUGCUGCUGUGCUCCAGGGCAUGAGGUUUUGAUUUUUGGAUACAGUACUCUAUCAUUGAUCAUCAUCUAUUCCACAAGAAAGCAAUGAAAUCUUCAAUCAAUUCUCUGAAGUUUGAUUACGUAUUUGACCACUGAUCUCUCCCUGACUAUGAUACACCCAACAGCAUGUUUGUCCCUUUGUGUAAUUGGUAAAAAGCUAUAUUCAUUUGAUGAUCUCUCCAAGAUGGCAUCCCUCCUCACUGUGAUAAUUGAUUCUUUGAUCAAUAUUGUGAAACCUCCUUUCUCUUCUAUCCCCCUCUCUAUCUCACCUGAAUGCCCAAUAAUGUUAGGCUGCUAGUCAUGUCUAUCUUUCAGCCAAGUCUCAGUUACAGCUAUGAUAUCAUACUCCUGUAAGGAGCAUGCUCCUGUGUCUGUUCAGAUCUAACCCAUCCAACUUAUACAGGGCCCACCGUCUCUAGAAUUGAAAGCUUGGUUUCCUGUACCAUCUCUCCAGUGACACAUUGAUCUACUCUACCCUUCCAUUCUCAUACUCUCUACUCCAUGGCACUAAGAAACAUCCAGAGGUUACUACCUUUGAAGAUCUGCCUUUCAAUUUCUGACCUAACUCCCUAUGUCUGCUUGCAGGACCUCAUUUCUCUUUCUCCCUCUGAUCACUGGUCCCAACAUGGACCAUAACUUCUAGCUAUCCACUGUUCCCCCUCCCAGUGUCUUUCAGUAAUUCCAUGAC